UGAAGAAGGAGAAACGAAAGAAACGUCGGCAGGAACUUGCUCGACUGAGAGACUCAGGACUCUCACAGAAGGAGGAGGAGGAGGACACUUUCAUUGAAGAACAACAACUUGAAGAAGAGAAGCUAUUGGAAAGAGAGAGGAAAAGAGGAACCAGGUGCAGAAGCAGAACUUGAAAGUAGACAUGGAACAUAACCGCUGAAGCACAGUACCACAUAGAGACAAUUAAGUCCCCGGAUGUCUGUGGGCCUCCCUGACAGCCCUCAGGCUUACCACAAGAGCUUGGAAGGCGGAGUUUUCUCCUCACUCCCUGGAGGAAGGAGAUGUCUCGGCCAUCUUGGACGUCUCCUUCCCUUGCUGGCUAAACAGCCGGUGCUUUCAGCGCUGACACUGUCGCACAGCAAGCAUCCCCCAGCGGCCCUUAAGCGGGUGUGACAGAGGACUUAGAGCAUGUUGCCUUAGGGUCACCUCUUUUCCAAUGCCACUUAAGUCCCAUACUUCUUAACCUGAGACUUAUUAGUAAGAUUAAAGAUUAUAUGAUUAUAUAGAUGGAUAUAUUUAUGAUUACAUAUGAAUAGCUAUGUGAUUAUGAUUAUAUAUAUAGGAAUAACUAUAUAACUAUAUCUCUAAUUUGUUUCUAAUUCUAUGUUUAUAUGAGAACAUGCUGAGGCUUCAGACUCUUGCCUCUCCUCUAGAGGGGUUUCCCCCUAACAGGGCAGAGGUUGAAAUGAGCCGAGAUCGCACCACUGCACUCCAGCCUGGGUGACAGAGUGAGACUCUGUCUCAAAAAAAAAAAAAAGUUGCAGUAAGCAUCCAUGCUUAUAUAUCCUUGGUAAUUGUCCAAUUAUUUCCUUAGGAAAAUGACUAGAAAUGAAAUUGUUGGAAUCAAGGCGUAAGUCCAUGUAAAAUGUAGAUGGCCAGGUAGAAAGGGCUUCCUGGUUUGCAGUUAGCAGCCCUUCUGGCAGUGAAUAUAGGGGUCCAUCUCCCCAUACCCUCACUCAUGCUAGGCAUUAUCAAUUUAUAAAACUUCUACAAUGAAAAGUUAUAUUUCAUUGUUUCAAAUGCACAUUUCUGAAUUAGGUAGAGUAUCUUUUUUAUAUGUUUUAUUACCUAUUUGUAGACUGCUCAAGUCUCACACCUUUCUCUUUUGGGAUACAUGUUUUGUUUGUUUUUUUUUUUUUUUUUUGAGAUGGAGUUUUGCGCUUGUUACCCAGGCUGGAGUGCAAUGGUGCGAUCUUGACUCAUUGCAAUCUCUGCCUCCCAGUUCAAGUGAUUCACCUGACUCACCCUCCUGAGUACCUGGGACUACAGGCGCACACCACCAUGCCCAGCUAAUUUUUUUUGUAUUUUUAGUAGAGACAGGGUUUCACCAUGUUGGCCAGGAUGGUCCCGAUCUCUUGACCUCAUGAUCCGCCUGCCUCGGCUUCCCAAAGUGCUGGGAUUACAGGUGUGAGCCACCGUGCCCAGCCUUCUUAAUUUGUUUUGUAAGCAAUUUUAUUACUUGAUUAAGGAUAUUGAUCCUUUGUUAUAUGUGUGAUGUAUACUCAUUUAUCAUCAUCAGUCCUAACUUGGCUUACUGCAUUUCUUACCAUGAUUUGAUUCUCAUGUCAUUGACUUUCAUCAUGAUGUCUGAUCUUGGUGUCUGACUGAAAAAAGUCUCUAUUCCAAGAUGAUGAAAAUAUUCUGCUAACUUUUCUCUUUAUAUUUUUAUGGGGUGGUUUUUGGUUUUUAAAGAAAAUGUGGCACACACUAGUUUGAAUGUAUUUAGUGCCACUCAGCUGUACACUUAGAAAGGAGAAAAAACUUUAUAGGCAUUCUUCAGCUAUUUAGUACUUUCACUGGAAAUGUUGCUUCUUUUCUUGUAAUUGAUUCCUUUCGUUUCCCUAAGCACAUAAAUAGGUGGAAUUAUCAAAAUGCCAAAAAUAUGAAAAUAAAAGAGCAGCACUGAUUGAGAAGAACAUGGAAUUAGAUUCAGCCAGACCCAAGUUCCAGAUCUGGCCCAGCUCACUAGCUGUGUUCAAAUUUCUUUCUUUCUUUCUUUCUUUCUUUUUUUUCUCAGUAGAGACGGGAUCUCACCGUUUUGGCCAGGCUGGUCUUGAACUCCUGACCUGUGAUCUGCCCACCUUGGCCUCCCAAAGUGCUGGGAUUACAGGCGUGAGCCACUGCUCCCAACCGUGUUCAAAUUUCUUAAUCUCUCUAAGCUUCUAUUUUCUUGUCUUUAAUAUGGAGAUAAAAUAAGUCAUAAUAUCUACCUCACAGAAUUGUGACGAUUAAAUGAGGUGAUGGAUGUAUAGUGUUGAACACAGUGUCAGCAGAUAGGAGAUGCUGUAAUAGCUCUACUUCUUAUUAUUACAGAUUUCUGUUAUGAUAAAGACUAUAUAUGGCAUGAAAUAAGAAAGUAAUUUUUUUCAUUUAUUUGCAGUGCUUCUUUUAAAUCACAUACAUGCAAAGAUUACAUGAAGAGUGGUUGCUGAGAGAGCAGAAGGCACAAGAAGAAUUCAGAAUAAAGAAGGAAAAGGAAGAGGCAGCUAGAAAACGGCAAGAAGAACAAGAGAGAAAGUUAAAGGAGCAAUGGGAAGAACAACAAAGGAAAGAGAGAGAAGAGGAGGAGCAGAAACGGCAGGAGAAGAGAGAAAAAGAGGAAGCUGUGCAGAAGAUGCUGGAUCGGGCUGAAAAUGAGUUGGAAAAUGGUACCACAUGGCAAAACCCAGAACCACCCGUGGAUUUCAGAGUAAUGGAGAAGGAUCGAGCUAAUUGUCCCUUCUACAGUAAAACAGGAGCUUGCAGAUUUGGAGAUAGCUAUCAAAGUAAGAGAGCAAUGUGGAGAUUUUCAUCAUUCAAGAGAUGUUCACGUAAACAUAAUUUCCCAACAUCCAGUCCUACCCUUCUUAUUAAGAGCAUGUUUACAACAUUUGGAAUGGAGCAGUGCAGGAGGGAUGACUAUGACCCUGACGCAAGCCUGGAGUACAGCGAGGAAGAAACCUACCAACAGUUCCUAGAUUUCUAUGAGGAUGUGCUGCCUGAGUUCAAGAACGUGGGGAAAGUGAUUCAGUUCAAGGUCAGCUGCAAUUUGGAACCUCACCUGAGGGGCAACGUAUAUGUUCAGUACCAGUCGGAAGAAGAAUGCCAAGCAGCCCUUUCUCUGUUUAACGGACGAUGGUAUGCCGGACGACAGCUUCAGUGCGAAUUCUGCCCCGUGACCCGGUGGAAAAUGGCGAUUUGUGGUUUAUUUGAAAUACAACAAUGUCCAAGAGGAAAACACUGUAACUUUCUUCACGUGUUCAGAAAUCCCAACAAUGAAUUCUGGGAAGCGAAUAGAGACAUCUACUUGUCUCCAGAUCGGACUGGCUCCUCCUUUGGCAAGAACUCUGAGAGGAGGGAGAGGAUGGGCCACCACGACGAAUACUACAGCAGGCUGCGGGGAAGGAGAAACCCAAGUCCAGACCACUCCUACAAAAGAAAUGGGGAAUCCGAGAGGAAAAGGAGUAGUCACAGGGGGAAGAAAUCUCACAAACGCACAUCAAAGAGUCGGGAGAGGCAUAGUUCACGCAGCAGAGGAAGAAAUAGGGACCGCAGCCGGGGCCGGGGCAGCCGGAGUCAGAGCCGCAGAAGCCGCCGCAGCCGGAGCCAAAGUUCCUCUAGGUCCCGAAGUCGUGGGAGGAGGAGGUCAGGUAAUAAAGACAGAACUGUUCAAAGUCCCAAAUCCAAAUAAAUUUGUUUUGUUCUUAAA